AUGUGCUCCCUGACGCGGCCCUGCAGGGGUGGCAGCGGGCGCACCACCACUUCGCCAGCGCUGCGGCUGCUGCGGCUGCCGGAGCUCUCCCCCGUGGUGGCAGACGUGCCCGUGGCGGUGGAGGGCGCGGGGGCAGCAGGUGCGUGCUCAAAGGCGGUGGACUGCGAGCCCGAUACGCCGGAGGCACUGCCAAUGGGGACACGGUGGGAUAGACGGCAGAGAAACGACGAGUUCUAUGAUGUGCCAAUAGAUGCAUGGAUGAAGAUGCAUGGGUGGAGAUGCAUGGGUGGAGAUGGAUGGGUGAAGAUGCAUGGGUGGAGAUGCAUGGGUGGAGACGCAUGGGUGGAGACGCAUGGGUGGAGACGCAUGGGUGGAGACGCAUGGGUGGAGACGCAUGGGUGGAGACGCAUGGGUGGAGACGCAUGGGUGGAGACGCAUGGGUGGAGAUGCAUGGGUGGAGAUGCAUGGGUGGAGACGCAUGGGUGGAGACGCAUGGGUGGAGACGCAUGGGUGGAGAUGCAUGGGUGGAGAUGCAUGGGUGGAGAUGCAUGGGUGGAGAUGCAUGGGUGGAGAUGCAUGGGUGGAGAUGCAUGGGUGGAGAUGCAUGGGUGGAGAUGCAUGGGUGGAGAUGCAUGGGUGGAGAUGCAUGGGUGGAGAUGCAUGGGUGGAGAUGCAUGGGUGGAGAUGCAUGGGUGGAGAUGCAUGGGUGGAGAUGCAUGGGUGGAGAUGCAUGGGUGGAGAUGCAUGGGUGGAGAUGCAUGGGUGGAGAUGCAUGGGUGGAGAUGCAUGGGUGGAGAUGCAUGGGUGGAGAUGCAUGGGUGGAGAUGCAUGGGUGGAGAUGCAUGGGUGGAGAUGCAUGGGUGGAGACUGCAUGGGUGGAGACGCAUGGGUGGAGACGCAUGGGUGGAGACGCAUGGGUGGAGACGCAUGGGUGGAGACGCAUGGGUGGAGAUGCAUGGGUGGAGAUGCAUGGGUGGAGAUGCAUGGGUGGAGAUGCAUGGGUGGAGAUGCAUGGGUGGAGAUGCAUGGGUGGAGAUGCAUGAGUGGAGAUGCAUGGGUGGAGAUGCAUGGGUGGAGACGCAUGGGUGGAGACUCAUGGGUGGAGACGCAUGGGUGGAGACGCAUGGGUGGAGACGCAUGGGUGGAGAUGCAUGGGUGGAGAUGCAUGGGUGGAGACGCAUGGGUGGAGACGCAUGGGUGGAGAUGCAUGGGUGGAGACGCAUGGGUGGAGACGCAUGGGUGGAGACGCAUGGGUGGAGACGCAUGGGUGGAGACGCAUGGGUGGAGACGCAUGGGUGGAGACGCAUGGGUGGAGACGCAUGGGUGGAGACGCAUGGGUGGAGACGCAUGGGUGGAGACGCAUGGGUGGAGACGCAUGGGUGGAGACGCAUGGGUGGAGAUGCAUGGGUGGAGACGCAUGGGUGGAGACGCAUGGGUGGAGACGCAUGGGUGGAGAUGCAUGGGUGGAGAUGCAUGGGUGGAGAUGCAUGGGUGGAGAUGCAUGGGUGGAGAUGCAUGGGUGGAGAUGCAUGGGUGGAGAUGCAUGGGUGGAGAUGCAUGGGUGGAGAUGCAUGGGUGGAGAUGCAUGGGUGGAGAUGCAUGGGUGGAGAUGCAUGGGUGGAGAUGCAUGGGUGGAGAUGCAUGGGUGGAGAUGCAUGGGUGGAGAUGCAUGGGUGGAGAUGCAUGGGUGGAGAUGCAUGGGUGGAGAUGCAUGGGUGGAGACGCAUGGGUGGAGACGCAUGGGUGGAGACGCAUGGGUGGAGACGCAUGGGUGGAGACGCAUGGGUGGAGACGCAUGGGUGGAGACGCAUGGGUGGAGAUGCAUGGGUGGAGACGCAUGGGUGGAGACGCAUGGGUGGAGACGCAUGGGUGGAGAUGCAUGGGUGGAGAUGCAUGGGUGGAGAUGCAUGGGUGGAGAUGCAUGGGUGGAGACGCAUGGGUGGAGACGCGUGGGUGGAGACGCAUGGGUGGAGACGCAUGGGUGGAGACGCAUGGGUGGAGAUGCAUGGGUGGAGAUGCAUGGGUGGAGAUGCAUGGGUGAUGGCUGACAUGAAAUGA